AGAGAAUCCUGUUUCAGGUGUUAUCUUGAGCUGACAAGGAUCUCAGACGUGUGAGAGCAGCUGCAAGAGACAUGUCGCACGACGGCAUAAUGAACGGAAGUCAGAUUAUGGUGGUCAUGUCCACAGUGGAGCAAUGGCUCUCUUUCAAGUCCCUGCUGCAGGAUAGCUCUGGGGAUAAACAUCUCCAGGUGACCUCUAGUUCUCUGGGAUCAAAUGAAGUCUGUGACUUGACAGCGGAUGGUCACUCGAUCAGCUUUCAUUAUGCAGAUUUAAAACAAGACCUGACAGAGGAGGGCAUCAGUCAGGCCAUAAAUGGCUGCUUUAAGUCUUGCACAGGUGGAAUCAGUACAUUUCUGCUCCUGAUCCAAGGCGGGCAUUAUAUGAAGAGGGAAAGAAGAAUGAUAGAGAUACUGCAGGCACAUUUUGGAGCUGAAGCUUUAAAAUACCUGGUAGUGCUCUCUUUGGAAGAUGGAAAGGUUGCUGACACACUGGACGAUGCCCUCCUGGAGUUGAUCAGCGUGUGUGAUGGAAGAUACUGUCGCAUCACAUCAUCUGCAGCGACAGACGAACUGCGCGCUCUACUCGAGAUGGUCGACUGCAUGCUGACGGAAAACGGCAUGACUGGCUACACGGAGACCAUGCUGACUGAAGCUAGGAAAAGGAGCACAGAAGACUCUGCGAUGAAGAUGCUGAAACAGACGGUGCGAGAGGCCCAGGAGAAGGAGGAGGCCUUCGAGCAGCUGGUUAAACAACAGGAGGAGAGGAGAGCUAAAGAGAUAGAGGAGCUGAAGGCGAAACAUGCUGAGGAAAGAAAGAAGGAGGCAGCUGAAAAAGGGCAAUAUGAGACAAAAAGAGAGAGCCUGGAGGAGGCUGUGAUGAGCCACAGAGCCAUGUUGCAGCUCCAGAUGAGUGCCACUGAUGAUAAUGACACAAAGAAGCUGUCAGUGAUCCUGUUGGGUCUCUCUGGCAGCGGGAAGUCUUCUGCCCUGAAUCUAAUUCUGGAGAGGGCAGGUAAUCAAUACUCGGCCAAUAGGUCUGGUGUUGAAGCCCCUCAGCCCACCUUGUCUUGUGAGAGAAAGGAAGUUUUUGCAGCAGGGAGGCGACUCGUCCUUGUGGACACCCCCGAGCUGUGGGACGAGGACGAGGUGGAAAAUGUGGAGCUGGUCAAGGACUGCUUGGCAUUGUCCUUACCUGGACCCCAUGUCUUCCUGCUGGUGCUCCAAGUGGGGCGCUUCACCCAGGGCGAGUGCGAGAUGCUGGGGCACCUGCAGAGGAUCUUUGGGCGAGACCUCACAGAGCACACCAUCGUCCUGUUCGUUCACUCUGACGGCAACCAGCGCAGGCCUCAGAGGAUCAGCGACUACGUGGCCGGAGCUCACGCAGCCCUGCAGGGUCUCAUCAGGAAGUGCGGGAGCCGUUAUUAUGAGCUGAAUGCUACGGCGUCCCACAAUGCUCUGAGCUACCCUCAGGUGAACGACCUGCUCUCGGGAAUGAACAAACUGGUGGCUUCACAUGGAGGCCGCUCGUACGUGGUUAAGAGAUUUACCGUGCAGGAGCUGAAGGAGAGGAAGAAAGUGAUUGAGGAGAGGAAGGAGGGGGCUUUAGAAGUGAACUACUUAUUAAAGGACGCUUGAUGUCUAUACUCACAGGCAGGGGGCUGAACACAAACAAGGCAACCUGAGUUUGCACUGGAUUGAAUUAUUUGUUGCUCAGUAAAUCAGAAUGAUUAUUAAACUUUGCAUUGUGAAUUAAAAAUUUAAAAAAAAAUCUUUCCAAACAAAACAGAAGAGCAGAACACGUCAGGAAUUAUGUAUGUCCAUGUUUAUCUGCACAGAGCAGAGAGAGGAGGAAAAGAAGAUGUACAGCUGCUGGUUUUAUUUACUUUUGUACAUAAAUACGAGACUUUAUCUGACAAGUUUGUGAGAUUAAUUUGUUGAUUUUUUGAUUGACUAACUGUUGCAUCCUCAAACACCAUCCUGCAGAUGAUACAGCUGAUACAACUGCAUAAAAACAAACACAGCUGAUGCAAAAUGUCGUUUAAAUUUAAUUAUAGCAGUUCUAAUGUCUUGUAAUUUAACAUGUUAAUGAUCUUUUUUUGUUAUUUGCAGUUAGUGUCCUCCAUAACUGUUCUUCUUUGUACUCAUACCUGUGUUUUAUAUGCUUUUAGUAACAUCGUUUUAUCUCUGCAAAUCUGUCUUUGUUAUUUUACUGCAUCUGCUGCUUAUUGUACAAGAUUCUCAACAACUCAAGAAAGACAUGACAUCUGAAUGUGAUCAACUGUUUUUUAUUGAUUCCUUCAUAAAGUGAUUUGAUAAAAUAAUGUGAGGUGUGUUUUGGAUAAUCUGUUUGUACAGGUGGUUGUAGUACAUUCAGCAUACUGGAGAUCUAUCUCUAGAGCCGUGCAUUAGAUGCAAAUGUCCAACAUAUUGGACAUUAUAACGCAUUGGCUUAAUAUCCUCAGUAGAAGCAUGAUUGUGGCAGGAACAUGGCUGAUGAUUAAUAACUGGAAUGCUUGCUCUCCUUUAUUUAGCUGCUCGGGCCCUCUGUCGCAGCAGGCUGCAGGCCCAUGGUGUUGUCAAUCCACUCGGUGUAGUGGGAGAUGACAGUGUAAAUUCCAGGCUUUUUGAUUUGGCCACACUUCUUUCCUCCGUUGGAAGUGAUGCCCACUGCAAUGCCGUUGUAGAGCAGAGGACCUCCAGAGUCACCCUUAAAGACAACA